CCCACGACAGGCUCUUGUAGAAAAAUCGUUGCAAAAAAUACAAACUACUUUUAAAUGUUCGUGUUUCUGUAAAUUGAGCUGUUUCCUUUGCUUCGACUCGUAAUUUUAUCUCCCCCGCCUUAUUAAUAAUCAAUUAAGGGCAAGAGACUAAUGCUUCUUUAUUUUAUUGACAAGGGUCACUGAUUACAGUUCUAUUUCAUAAUGUACAUUGUAUUCACAUCUCCCCAAGAGGGGUUGCGUCAGGAAGGGCAUCUGUUGUAAAAACUGUGCCAAACAAAUAUGAGCGUUCAUCUGAGAUGUUACGCUGUGGCGACCCUUAACGGGACAAGACAAAGGAAACUUACAGUGUAUUCACAUAAAACUGACAAACACUGUAUUAAAGUGCAAGAAAUAUCACAUAAAUAUGUUUACAUGGAUUUACAAGCAUAAAUACAGCUUUGAGUGAUUCAUCUAAAAAUAGAGAUGAAACAUUCAAAUAUGUGCACGUGUGUGCUCAGGGGUGCUUGCAGGAUAAGAUUAUGCAUGCAGCAGCACUGAAUUGAUGCCUUUGAACCCAAACAAAUUACAUGAUCAUAGUUUAGUUAAAAAAAAAAAAGACACACACAAAUAGAAAUAAUCCAGUUUGUGCCUCAAUAAAGAGGCCUGAUAUGAAAAGGAGAUUUGAGAGCAGGUAAAUAGAUGCAGGUGGAAAAGGAGAAGCAUGGGUAGCAGUCAGGAUUAGAGUUGGAAAAUUCAAGGAAUUUUUAAAGAUGGAAAUUAACAGGAAUGUAUGGGAAUAAAGGGAAAUAAACCACAAAUUUAUAAAAUUGAUGGUUGGGUCUUAAUAGGUCACUUGAAACUAGUUCUCCACCCAUUUGGUAUUUGUGAAAUGGCUGCAAGUGGGAAAAAUGGCUGGAAAAGGUACACAGAAUUAGGAUUUGGACCACAGGUGUCAAACCCAAAGCCUGCCAGUGAAAUCUGGUCCGCCACAUCAUUUUAUGUGGCCCAUGAAGGAAAAUCAUGUGCAUCAACUCCUGGGAUUCUUUCUCAAAUCUGUACCCUAAGUAAGUUUUUAAUUGUCAUUUGGAAGAAUUAAUGUGAAACUAUUGCAAGCAUUUUUUUUAUUUUUAUUGUUACUGAAUCCUUAGCUUCUGAUUUCAGAAUUGGUUAUUCAUAUACAGUAUUUGUUGUGUCUGUGCAAUAAUAUGAAGUGAUUCAACAUUUCUUAUUGCUCUGAGGGAAGUGCUAACUACAACAUGGCCCGUGUAAAAAAAAAAAAAAAAAAAGAGUUUUACUCCCCUGAUUUAGAGGGUGAGAAAACACAAAUAAGGAAGGAAGGGUUCUUGUAGAUGUGAAGUGAGCGUUUUCCCUAGAUGGCCAUGUUGGAAAAGAGGAGGAAGGUCAGCCUGCUACAGGUAGAAAGGGCGAGACGUAAAGUGCAGGAGGUAUAGGGUGUCACCUAAAAGGCCGAGAGAUAGCGAGUGAGGGCAGAGGUGCAGAACAUUAAUCCUCGAGCCAAGACAAAAGAUGAAAAAAAUCCACCAAGAGAGAAAUUUGCACUGAAGAAGGCGCGACAGAGAGGACACAAGCGGUGGAAACUCUAGGCUCAGGUCUGGUCCACAAGAUGAAGGGUGGACAAACAUUUUAGUAUUGCAUCUUGAGACCGACUAGUCUAACCAAAUUUUGAGGCAAAACCCGAAUUCUACAGAACAUUAUUUUUGACUGACUGAACUGGAAUUUUUCCCAAUAAAAUUUUCUUUAAAAAACAGAGGAGAGUAGCUACAAGGGACAAGAGAGGGAGGGGCAUGCGCCUGUGUCCUAUUGAGAUGUUCAUGAUCAUUCGAGAGUCGACGGCUGCGGGAGGUGCUGCUGCAUCCAUGAGCGUGCCACAGGAGAAGACCACCAAACAGGUGCAGGCUGCCAUCAAAAAGACAGUCAAAAAACAGAGAAAGUUCACCGGCGAGCAGGGAGGAGGCAUCGCAGCACAGGUCCAAGUGUCUGGACCUCAGGUCAUCCACUAUCAGAGAGGAGCACAAAUCCCAAAGAUGGCUAAUGAGAACGAGUGGACGCUGGAGGAGAUGAUGGAGGGAGCGCAGCGGAAAGCCACCACCAGAGAAGAGGUGGAGGAGUAUGAGCCUGUUGACCUCCUGCCCAUUGUGGACUCUGUGUUUGGACAGGACCGAGACCUGAGACCAGAGGAGAUGGAUGAGCUCCGUGAAGCCUUUUUGGAGUUUGAUAAGAACAAGGAUGGCUACAUCAGUCAUAAAGACCUGGGGGAGUGCAUGAGGACCAUGGGAUACAUGCCUACCGAGAUGGAGCUCAUAGAACUGAGUCAGCAGAUUUGCGGAGGGAAAGUGGACUUUGGGGAUUUUGUGGAGCUGAUGGGACCCAAAAUGUUGUCAGAGACUGCAGACAUGAUUGGAGUGAAAGAACUGCGUGACGCAUUCAAAGAGUUUGACUCCAACGGUGACGGUCAGAUCAGUUUAACGGAGCUGCGUGAGGCCAUGAAGAAACUGAUGGGGGAACAAGUGACCAACAGAGAGAUAAACGAGAUUCUCAGAGACGUGGACCUCAACGGCGAUGGUUUGGUUGACUUUGAGGAGUUUGUGAGAAUGAUGUCCCGGUGAUGUGAAACACAUGAGUGAUAAAUUUCAACAAACAAACCAGGGAUGACACUGCAUCUUCUUUGUCUGCAGCUACAAUAUUUUAUUUUUGUAUGAAAAAUACAAAUAAAAAAAAUGUGAUUGAAAGAGAUGGAAAUUGUAUGACAUUAUUUUUAAAGUACUGUAACUUCCAUGUUUGCAAUGAGUUUGGUGUUAAAGAAAUUUGAGUCUUGGAUGAAUAAGAAUGGACAGAGAGAGCAAUUCAUCAUGGCUAAAGAAGCUUUUGUUUAUUUUCACUUUCUGUGGUGUGUAUCAGCCAGAUGCCCCAACAUUUUGUCCAUGGACAGCACAUUACAAACUAUAUUAAUGAAAUGUUUGUGUGUAACAUUCUGUUUGUACAGCUGUAAUGAGAUAUUUUUAAUGAACUAACAAAACCA